CUCCAUUCUUUCUUCUUAAAAUUGCAGCAACUUUUCUCUUCUUUAUACUCUAUAUAUCCAUAAUAAUAUUAAGUUAUUUUACUCCCAAUACACUACCAAAUCUUUUCCCAAAAGACUAGAAGAAGUUAGAGCCAACAAGAGUUCGUUUAGAGCCCGUUUAAGCUCGAUAACACCUCUAGAGUCUCGGUUCCUUACUAGUCUUCAACAACUCCGUUUCACUUUCUCUCUCGAACUCGAGGAAAAGGUCUGUAGUUUGCGGACCACUACUGUAGAUAUCCACAUGAGAAGUGGUGGAUCGAAGGAGUAACCUUUUCCGUUCGUAUUUAAUUCCUUGGAUCGAUACUUUCAUUUCAUCGCAAGCAGGUUUUCUUCUUCACCGACGUAUCUAAUUUUCCACCGUCGUUCUCAGCUAGAUCGGAAAUGAGUCACCAAACCGAGUCAUCUGACUCGAAAAAUGCUAAGAAGGACUUCUCCACUGCGAUUCUGGAGCGGAAGAAGGCGCCGAAUCGGCUCAUCGUCGAUGAGGCUGUCAGCGAUGAUAACUCUGUUGUUGCUCUCCACCCUGCCACAAUGGAGAAGCUCCAACUCUUCCGCGGAGACACGGUUCUGAUCAAGGGGAAAAAGAGGAAAGACACUGUGGUAAUAGCACUGGCUGAUGAGAAUUGUGAAGAGGCAAAGAUAAGGAUGAAUAAAGUUGUUCGGUCAAAUUUGAGAAUUCGUCUUGCUGAUGUUGUGUCUGUACACCAAUGUCCUGAUGUCAAGUACGGGAAGCGGGUGCACAUACUUCCUAUAGAUGAUACAAUUGAAGGGAUAACUGGUGAUCUUUUUGAAUCGUACUUGAAGCCUUACUUUUUGGAGGCAUACCGUCCUGUGAGGAAAGGAGACCAUUUCCUUGUUCGAGGAGGCAUGCGAAGUGUGGAAUUCAAGGUCAUUGAGACAGAUCCAAGUGAGUAUUGUGUUGUUGCUCCUGAUACAGAAAUCUUCUGUGAGGGGGAGCCAGUGAGGAGGGAGGAUGAGGACAGGCUUGAUGAAAUUGGGUAUGAUGAUGUUGGUGGCGUUAGGAAACAAAUGGCUCAGAUUCGUGAAUUAGUAGAGCUUCCACUGAGGCACCCUCAACUUUUCAAAUCCAUUGGUGUUAAACCACCAAAGGGUAUUUUGCUUUACGGUCCUCCGGGUUCUGGGAAGACACUGAUUGCAAGAGCUGUUGCCAACGAAACAGGGGCAUUUUUCUUUUGUAUCAAUGGACCAGAAAUUAUGUCCAAGUUAGCUGGAGAGAGUGAAAGCAAUCUCAGAAAAGCUUUUGAAGAGGCUGAAAAGAAUGCUCCAUCUAUUAUAUUCAUUGAUGAAAUUGAUUCAAUCGCUCCCAAACGGGAGAAGACACAUGGUGAAGUUGAAAGAAGAAUUGUCUCUCAACUUUUAACUCUUAUGGAUGGAUUGAAGUCCCGUGCUCAUGUAAUUGUUAUGGGAGCUACAAAUCGUCCCAACAGUAUUGAUCCUGCUCUUAGGAGGUUUGGCAGGUUUGACAGGGAAAUAGACAUAGGUGUUCCAGAUGAAGUUGGCCGUCUCGAAGUUCUACGCAUUCACACUAAGAAUAUGAAACUCUCUGAGGAUGUUGAUCUGGAGAAAAUUGCCAAAGACACACAUGGUUAUGUUGGUGCUGACCUUGCAGCUCUCUGCACUGAAGCUGCACUUCAGUGCAUCAGAGAAAAGAUGGAUGUCAUAGAUCUCGAGGAUGAAACAAUUGAUGCUGAAGUUUUGAAUUCUAUGGCGGUUACCAAUGAUCACUUCCACACUGCUCUUGGAACAAGCAAUCCCUCUGCUUUGCGUGAGACUGUUGUAGAGGUGCCCAAUGUCAGCUGGGAAGACAUUGGAGGGCUUGAGAAUGUUAAGCGAGAGCUUCAAGAGACGGUACAAUAUCCUGUUGAACACCCAGAGAAAUUUGAAAAAUUUGGCAUGUCACCCUCAAAAGGUGUUCUUUUCUAUGGCCCCCCUGGAUGCGGGAAAACCUUACUGGCCAAGGCAAUUGCUAAUGAGUGUCAAGCCAACUUCAUCAGUGUCAAAGGGCCUGAAUUGCUCACCAUGUGGUUUGGAGAAAGUGAGGCCAAUGUUCGUGAAAUUUUUGACAAGGCAAGAGGCUCAGCUCCAUGUGUUCUCUUCUUUGAUGAGCUGGACUCUAUUGCCACUCAGAGGGGAAGCAGUGUUGGAGAUGCGGGUGGUGCUGCUGAUCGGGUUCUUAAUCAACUUCUGACAGAAAUGGAUGGCAUGACAGCAAAGAAGACUGUUUUCAUUAUCGGAGCUACAAACAGACCUGAUAUUAUUGACCCUGCACUCCUCCGUCCUGGUAGACUCGAUCAAUUGAUCUAUAUCCCUCUGCCAGAUGAGGAUUCACGGCAUCAGAUUUUCAAAGCCUGUCUAAGAAAAUCUCCGGUCUCCAAAGAUGUUGAUCUAAGAGCUCUUGCAAAAUACACCCAAGGAUUUAGUGGGGCCGAUAUAACUGAGAUCUGCCAGAGGGCCUGCAAAUAUGCCAUUCGUGAGAACAUUGAGAAAGAUAUAGAAAGGGAGAGGAGGAGGAGGGAGAACCCGGACUCCAUGGAUGAAGACGUGGAGGAGGAUGAAGUAGCAGAGAUAAAGGCUGCACAUUUCGAGGAAUCAAUGAAGUAUGCUCGCAGGAGUGUGAGUGACGCUGACAUACGCAAAUACCAGGCGUUUGCCCAAACGUUGCAGCAGUCCCGUGGCUUUGGAACAGAGUUCCGGUUUGCCGAGCCCGGGAGGAGUGUCGGUGGUGCCACCGCCGGCUCUGACCCGUUUGCAACUUCUACAGCAGCGGCAGCUGAUGAAGACGACCUGUAUAGCUAAAAGUGUUUGUUUUUCGAUCCGCUUGAUAACAGUAUUUCUGGUGAUGUUCUUUCUUUUACUACUGUGUCUGUGUUUGGGUUUCUUAUGUUUGGUUUUCUUAUGAAGUCCGUUGUUGACCCUAUAAAUCAAUUCUCCCAUUCAGAUAUUUAAGUCCUAUGCUUCUUUGCCAACAUAAUUUUAUUUAAUUUUACAAGUGUGCCUUCCAGUUUGUGCUUGUGUGCUUUGGACUUAGGGG